AUGUUCGUUUCACUGUAUCAGAAUUUGGGAGUAAAAAGUCGACAAUUAUUUUUUAAACAAAUGAGAAGUGUGUCCUCUUCAAGGUCAAACCCCUUCGACAGAGUGAAGAAGACUCUGGAGGGGACCGAUAAGAAGUAUUUCUCCUUGAGGAGUCUGAAUGAUUCGAGGAUCUUCGAGCUACCAUUUUCAAUCCGCGUUCUCCUGGAGGCAGCAGUAAGGAACUGCGACGAGUUCAGUACGACCAGCGAGGAUGUUGAGAAGAUACUGGGCUGGACCAAAAACAGUUUAAACCAGACGGAAAUACCGUUCAUACCAUCGAGAGUGUUGUUGCAAGACUUCACCGGCGUUCCAACGAUCGUUGACCUGGCUGCCAUGCGCGAUUUUGUGGCCAAAUCAGGCAAGGAUCCGACGCGCAUUAACCCCUUGGUGCCAGUCGACCUCGUAAUUGACCACUCAGUGCAAGUCGACUUUAGCCGCGACGCCAAGGCGCUAAACCUAAACCAGGAAACGGAAAUGAGCAGAAACUCAGAGAGAUUUAGGUUCCUAAAAUGGGGAGCGCAAACGUUCAAAAAUACGCUAAUUGUGCCGCCAGGAUCAGGAAUUGUUCACCAGGUCAACUUGGAGUUCUUGGCAAGGUGUCUGUUCGACAACAAUGGACUCCUGUAUCCAGAUUCAGUGGUGGGAACAGACUCGCACACCACGAUGAUAAAUGGCCUGGGAGUAGUAGGCUGGGGAGUGGGAGGAAUAGAGGCGGAAGCGACGAUGUUGGGACAGCCGAUAAGCAUGCUGCUGCCGCAGGUGGUCGGCUUCGAACUCGUAGGGAAGCCGAACGAGAACGUGUUCUCGACGGACGUGGUGCUGGCAGUCACGAGCCUCCUGAGAAGCGGCCCAGGAGUGGUCGGAAAGUUCGUGGAGUUCUUCGGAGAGGGAGUGAAGUACCUGACGCUGGCGGACAGAGCAACCAUAGCAAACAUGGCGCCGGAGUACGGAGCCACCGUGGGCUUCUUCCCAGUGGACCAGCUGACGCUAGACUACCUGCUGCAAACGGGGCGCCCGAACUCCACAGUGGAGCUGCUGGAGAAGUACACGAAGGAGAACCUGCUGCACACGGCGACCAGCGACGUAGGCGCGAUCAAGUACAGCACGGUGGUCAGGCUGGACCUCAGCACGCUGACGCCGAGCAUUGCGGGCCCGAAGAGGCCGCAGGACAACAUCCCACUCCACGAGGUAAAGACGAAAUACUCUGAGCUACUGACGAGCAAGGACACCAAGGGGUACGGCCUCGAGAAGCUGAGCAACAAAGUUAAAUUCAACUACAGAGGCAACGAGUACGAGUUGGACAAUGGGUCAGUGGUAAUUGCAAGCAUCACCUCGUGCACGAACACGAGUAACCCCUCGGUCAUGUUGGCCGCCGGCCUUCUGGCCAAAAAUGCGGUAGAACACGGACUGAGCGUAAAGCCGUACAUUAAGACGUCGUUGUCGCCCGGAUCUAAGACGGUUACUCGAUACCUUGAGUUGAGUGGUCUCAUUGAGCCCCUGGAAAAAUUAGGGUUUUACAUAGCGGGCUACGGAUGCAUGACCUGCAUAGGUAACUCCGGAGAGCUCGACCCUGAGGUGACGGAAGCCAUCGUGAACAACGGGUUGGUGGUGUCCUCGGUGCUCUCAGGAAACCGGAACUUCGAGGGCAGAGUGCACCCGCACACCAGAGCGAACUUUCUGGCGUCGCCGCAGCUCGUGGUGGCCUUUGCGCUCGCGGGAAACGUCAACUUCGACCUGCUGAAGGAGCCGCUGGGCGUGAGCAGCAGGACGGGGAAGCCGGUCUACUUCCUGGACCUGCUGCCCAGCAAGGAGGAGGUCUCGAAGCUCGAGGCGCAGUUCGUGAAGGCGAGCCUGUUCAAGGAGGUCUACCACAACAUAACCCAGGGCAGCGAGUCCUGGAAAAAGUUGAACUCGCCGAGCUCGGAGCUGUACCUCUGGGACCCGCAGUCGACGUAUAUUCAGCACCCGCCCUACUUCAAGGACAUGGAGCUGGACAGGUUGAGGGAGGUGAAGCCAAUCAAGGACGCCCACGUUCUGCUGUUGCUAGGCGACUCCAUAACCACUGACCAUAUAAGUCCCGCCGGUAACAUUGCUAAGAACUCCCCUGCAGCCAAGUUCCUGCUCGACAGGGGUGUUACGUACAAGGACUUUAACUCGUACGGGUCGAGGAGAGGAAACGACUUGGUGAUGUCGAGGGGCACCUUCGCAAACAUCAGGAUAAACAACCUGCUCUGUCCAGGCCAGGGCCCAAACACGGUUCACGUUCCAACGAACCAGCUCAUGUCGGUCUUUGACGCCUCUGAGCUUUACAAGAAGGACGGGCACCCCCUGAUAGUCGUUGCUGGGAAGGAGUACGGCUCUGGCUCAUCAAGGGACUGGGCUGCAAAGGGCCCACUGUUGCUCGGAGUCAAGGCUAUUUUGGCCGAGUCUUUUGAAAGAAUUCACCGCACCAACCUCGUUGGCUGUGGCAUACUACCACUGGAAUUUCUGAGCGGUCAGAACGCAAACACUCUGAAGUUGAAAGGCACUGAGAAGUUUACCAUUCACCUGGACCCUAAGGUCGAGCCGGGCUGUUUAGUAAAAGUUACAACGGAUACCGGCCUAUCUUUUGACACCAAGUGCAGAGUGGAUACUCAAAUCGAGAGUGAAUACUAUAAGCACGGAGGCAUAUUGCAGUAUGUGCUUAGAUCAAUUUGUAAGUCAUAG